AUGAAUACCUUCUCACAACGUAUCGUGAAACUGCUGCUUCUACUUUGGUUACUUUGCUCGUGCAAUGUUGUCAAGUGUCAAACUCCUGAUAUUGGACUGAAGUACAGAAUAUGCAGUGCAAGGACGUACCCUUCCGAGCAGGCCCCCUACGCCAAAGAUAAAUAUGCUGUCAUAUACCAAUUAACGGAAGUUACAUCAAGCCAAGGUAACGAUUACUACUACCAACAUGGUUCCUGCUAUGGCCAUGCAGACUGCGACGAAGCUAUGGGGGCAGAUGACUGCACCACUUGCCUGGCCGAAGCUCGAGACUCUAUUUAUGUAUUGUGCGGCACAAGCAUUGGAGCUCAAGUCCAACUUGGAGCCUGUAGAAUGAGAGUCGAAGAUUAUCCAUUUCAGGAAUGA